UCAAAGUCGCCGGAUCGGUUUCCAGCUCUGUUCUCUCUUCGUUGAAUUAGUGCAUUUGCGUUGCAAAUCAGCAUCGACUUAGUACCUGGUACUUAGUGAGAGAGUGCAUCAGAGGGAGACAAAACAAGGUGCUUUUGCAGCAUCGGUCUUUGUUUUGAGGAUAAUUUGCGGGGUUUUUUUUCCCUCCAAAGUUUUCUCAGUGAAAAGUGUGCGAAAUUGCGUCGUGAUUUUCGUUUUUUUGGGAAAUUGGUGGAAAAUUUAGGAAAAAGUGAGGAAAUUAAAAUCGUUCAAACUAGAAAAGUGCACUACCAAAAUAGCACGAAACCGAAUUCGAUUUUGUUUGUUGAUUUUUUGCGCGCUAAAUUUGCCCCAUCAAUUCACCUAAAAGAACACGGGUGGGCCGUUCUCAAAUCGUGUUCGUGCUCAAAAAAGUAGUGCGUAUUUUCCGACUUUCCACGGUUAGUGCGUGCACGCACUAACGAGUUUUUGUUUUGUUUGCCCUGGGAAAACAAUAGCUCGCACUGGAAGGAAGAAAAGUUUGUGUUGAAGGGUAAAAUUGAUUGGAUUUUUCGGGCGCUUUUCAAUAUUUGUGUGAUUUUUUCCCAAGUGACGUGCUGUGUUUAAGGUCGGCUCGAAGGCCAAACGGAAAAUUAAUAAAUAAAUACAAAUUUCGUGUGAAAGUGGUGCUGGGCUGGGAAAUUAGAUUGUGUGUUAUUUAAUUUCUGCAACCGGAAGCCGGAGUGAGGUCGGAAGUUGGGAGUUGGGAAAUUUUAUUUGUUCAAAAACGAAGCCCAGGAAAAACACGACGACAACGACGACACCAUCGGGCUAAGGAAGAAGAAGCAGCAACGACAACACAAACAAGCAAACCAGCAUGGAUAAGUCGAAAGUGAAUGACACUGCAGCGCAGCCAAAGAGUGGUGUGCAUAGAUACGCAGUUAACACAGAAAAGAGUGGAGAAAUUAUAGUCACAGUUCAGGGUGACCUGACACAGCAAGAAAAACGAGCCGUCUUCCUCACCGUGCACGAUCUGGGAUGCAAUCAUGCCUCCUUCGAGGAGUUCGUCAACAGUGCGUGCAUGAUCGAGAUCAAGGAACGAUCCUGCUUCAUCCACAUCGACGUUCCUGGCCACGCUGACAAUGCCCCAAAUCUCGCAGAAAAUUUCCAGUUCCCGUCGCUGCAGCUGCUCGGCGAGGAGCUCGUCACGGUUCUGGACUUCCUGCACGUCAAGUACGUCAUCGGGCUGGGCGAGGGCGCGGGCGCCAACGUCCUGGCCCGCUUCGGGCUGGCCCACCCGUCGCGCCUCCUCGGCCUCAUCCUGAUCAACGUGACCGGGUCGGCGGCGUCCGUCAUGGACGCGUUCAAGACCAAGUUCAUCAGCUGGAAGGGCAACGAGCUGGGCCAGUCGGCCGAGGACUUUCUGCUGUACCACAAGUUUGGCUACCAACUGGUCGGUGACAAUCCGGACAAGGAGAAGAUCGUGGCCGAGUUCCAGAGCCGUCUGCACAGCUCGCUGAACAAUAAAAAUCUGAAGCAAUACGUUAAAGCAUUUAUGAAUCGCAAGGAGCUCCCGCUGAAGAACUGCAAGGUCGACCUGCUGAUGAUUACCGGCGUGAUGAGCCCGUACGCUGGCGUUGUCGAGAAGCUGUACAAGGAUCUGAACAAGGAGAAGGUCACCCUGCUGAAGGUGGAACGGGCCGGGGAUGUGCUGGCCGAUGCUCCCGCCAAGGUGGCCCAGUCGAUCCUGCUGUUCUGUAAGGGCCAAGGCCUGCUCACGUCGGUGGCCAUGCCCGGGGUGGACCGGAACCGCGCCUUCUCGACCAGCUCGGGUGGCUCGACGGACGGUACGCCCGGAUCGCGCCGGCUGUCCCGUGGCAUGUCCAUGGAGGACUAUGACAAACCGAACAUCAGACGGCUCAGCGUCACCAUCAACGAGCAGCUGCCACCGAUUAAGAAGUAAAUUUGUGUGAUGGUGGGGGAAGGAGGGAGGAAGUUUUAAGUAAUGUUCAAUAUAAUUGUCGUUUUUGCUAAGGGAAGAUAGAAGAGGAAGAAAAAGCAACAAAUAUUUUAUCGUAAUGGAAACGAAGGAAAACAGCCACAAAUCACUCCGAUAUCAACUUUUAUAAGGAUGACCGAAUUUUCUAUCAAGUGCAUAAUACAAACUAAUAAAAUACAACACACACGUAGAAGCAGUUCACUAUACAUUAAAAAACAUCAAAGGAACAAUUACAUAAACAAACUAUUCUAAAGUUAGACAAAAGCAAGUAUAUACAAAACUCAUGAUAAAGUAACAGUAAAAUGAAGUAACCUAAACACACAAUUUUGUAAUGGCUAAAUCUCGUAAACCAAAAAAAAAUCAUUUCCUGAAAGAUCCAAAAACAAACGAUGCCCAAAAAACUCUCCCAAGUGAAACAUAUUGAAAGCAAAAAAAACCUGAAACUGAUCCCACGAAGCCCAAAAACUAAACGAAAAAAAGAAUAAAAAGAGAAUAUUUAUUUGAUAAGUAUAUUUUUAAUUUCCAGAGCCUAUAUACAUCUUCUUAUACCGAAACUAUUUGAUGAAAAAAGAAUUUAAAAAAUAACAAAAAACAAAACGUAUUCAAAUAUACCGUUUAGCAGCUAGAGCGUAUAAAUCGUAGCACCGUAGAACUGUAAGUAAUGCUAUACACAACACUAGUAACGUACUACAAGUAAAACCAAAACAUAAGCAAAUUUAGCAAACAGCAAAAAAAAAAAAAUUAUACAAGCAUUUGUGGUUUAAAAACAAACAA